GAUUCAGGUUUCGAAUGCAUCUCAAGGAAAGAGUUGAUAUCUAUGAUGGCGUUACUGUGAGCACAUCAGAUCUCAACACAUCUCAGAAGCAAAAGGAUCUAUUCGCGGGCAUCAUAUCGAAAUCUCUAAAUGACUGGAAGCAAAGGAACAUCAGAGGAGUAUGGGUCAUAGUUAGGAUCGAGGAUAGCUCACUCAUCCCAGUGCUAGUGGACUAUGGUUUUACUUUUCACCAUGCACAAUCGGAAUAUCUGGUAAUGACAAAAUGGCUUCCAAAUACUCCAUCUACUAUCCCUAGAUAUGCACACACUAUGAUCGGUGUUGGCGGAUUAGUUGUGGACUGCGAUGAUAGGAUACUAUUGAUGAGGGAAAAGCGUGGUCGCUAUCUUGGCUGGAAAUUUCCCGGAGGCGCGUCAGACCCAAAUGAAAGCAUCUUUGAUACAGCUGCUCGGGAAGUUCUGGAAGAAACCGGAGUGACCGCAGUUGGAAAAGCGUUGCUGUGCUUCAGACAAGUUCAAGUGUCCCAGUUUGAAAAUGUGGGAGAUAUUUAUUUCAUUUGCUUAAUGGAUGCAGUAGACCUAGUGAUCAGACCUUGUCCAUCAGAGACAGCCGAUUGCAGGUGGUUCACCAGGGAGCAAAUAGCAAUUUUGUCUGAAGCAGAAUUCCACGAAUUCAACCGGGAAAUACUAAAUCGGCAGAAAAUGUCAUAUGUUUUAUAUCGAGUAGUGCAAUAUUCUCGGAAUCUAGUGUGUAUAAAGAUCAGAUCAUCGCAGUAG